AUGGCCAAGUCUGCGCAGCAGGCCAGGCCGUCUGCGCUGAGAAAGACCAAGGAGAUGAAAAAAGUGAUCAAGGUGAAACCUCAUGUCACCUUUGCCGACACUGGUAAGUCCAAGGGAGCAGAGAAGAAGAAGAAUGAUCAGAAGCAAAAGAAGGCCGCAGAGAGCGCAAAGAAGAAGGACCCAAAGCAGAAGACCAUCAUGGAGUACAAGGCUAAAAAGGGGGAUUCGAAGGAUGAGAAGAAAAGGGACGAUGCGACAGAAGUGAAGGAAGAAAAGAAGACCAAGAAGAAGGACAAUCAGAGCAAGAAGAAAGAAGAUCAGACCAAAAAGAAUGAAGAUCAGAGCAAGAAGGAAGAGCAGACCAAGGCCAAGAAGGAAGAGCAGACCAAGAAGGAAGAUCAGAGCAAGAAGGAAGAUCAGAGCAAGAAGAAGGAAAAGGCGACCAACAAGGAGAAGGACCAUGCAGAGAAGAACAGGACAAAAGGCUCCAAUGACGACAAGAAAAACAAUGAAGACGGGCUCAAGACACCUCCCCCAAGACGUUUCCGUGUCAAGUCGCCCCAAGCCUUGGCCGAGCUGGAGGAGAAGGCCAAUGCCCUUGCUGCCAAACAAGCUGCUAAGCAGGCUAAGAAGAAGAACGCGAAAGAAAGCGGAGAAGAGGGCAGUGGGAAGGAGGAGCCGGAGGAGGACGAUGAAGAGGAGGAGGACAAAGAUGAGGGCAGUGAGAGCGAUGAACUUGAAGAAGACGAGACAUCAGGAAGCGAGACGCAGGAAGAAGAUGAAGAAGAUGAUGAGGACGAAGAAGAGGGAGAGGGUGAUGAUGAAGGAGAAGGCGGCAGUGGAGACGAGGCCGAUGCCCCGAGCGAAGAGGAGGAGGAAGCAAGAGAGAGUCAGGAUGAAGGGGAGGAGGAUGAUGAAGACGAUGAAAGUGAUGCUGAAAAGCCAGAACUUGUAAAGGCUGUGAAGGAUUCCAAGGAUGCAGCAAAGAAGAUGAUGAGAAACAGCACUACCAACAAGAAGGAGUGGGACAAGUUCAUCAGACAGUCUAUGAACAAGAACCUCUUCCCACCACGGCUAGCUGCUGCUUUCGUCAAACAAAAGAAUGAGCUUUUCAACAUGUGGCUGGACACUGGGGAGGACUGGGAUGCGGUUGCCUGCGAAGCAGAGCGCAAAAACCAAACCAGUACCCUCAACCGAAACCAGUGGCAAGCGGUGCAAGCCCGAGAAGUAAUCCAGAAGUAUGGCAAGGAGCGAGGUACUGAAAUCAUCGAGAAGCGGAAGGAGACCUGGAUCUACAUGCCGGCUGGCCGCUUAGUCCGCACCGAUGACAGCACCAGCGAAUCGUUCCGAAUGCGAGCUGAACGCAGUGUCGACAAUGCUCUUCGAGAUGCUUUGUGCAGUGAAGCGGGUCCUUUGGCAGCCGGCGCCAUGCCGAGCGCCAAAUGCGUGAACGAGGCUGGGCAGAAGCGGCUGUUUCAAUCCUUGGAUGAUGCCAAGGCAACAGUGAAGAAGCCCAAGAGAGAGAAGAUUGUCGAAGACAAGGCAACCGAAGAUGUGAAGCCAAAGACGAUGAUCGAGUUGGCGCAAGAUCGUUUGCCUCAGAUUCUUGAGGAAUCUACAAAGGCUCGGCAGAGGAGCAUCCAGCUCAGUGGGAUUGAGUUUGCCCAGGAGUUGGCGAAACAGUUGAAGCAUCAUGCUGAGAGCGUUGAGGGAAAGUACAUGGAGCUGCAACAGUUGGUUGCCGCAGAUCCCCCUGUCAAAGACAAGUACUUCCAAGACCUUUUCAACAAGAUCGAUCGCAAUACCGCUUGGUUCACCAAAGCGCAGGUCAACAACGCCGAAGAGCCAACGUUGGUGGAAGCGUGGGUCAUCCUUCCACAUGAGAUGCUCCAUGCAGCAAGUGCGAGGAGUUUCCAGUUUUCCUCGGUGUUGCUUGGCGGCUUCAGCAACAAAGCCAUCCGGAAGUUCUGGGAGCACGUCAAAACAUUGGAGGAAUUCAAACAUCACAGGGAACUACAUGAGUUGUCCAGUGAAGAUUUGGGGGUAACUAUUCCCUGCACCAUUCAUGGAGAUGGAGCCGAGAUGUUCACCAACGAAGAGUUUUUCGUUUGGUCGUGGUCAUCAGCGUUCACAGGGUUUGGCAGCGUGAAAGAUCCUCUGAUCCAAAAAAUCCCCAUAGCCAUUGUAGCAGAAAGGGAUAUGAUGCUCCCUGCAGUCAGAAGAGGUGUGGAGAAAGCCAUUGCCAAUGUCACAGCCUGGUCGCUCAAGCAGGCUUGCCAGGGGGUUGCGCCAUCGAGUGGUUUUUACCAUGAGAGCUUCCCGAAGAAGAGCUUCAGAUCUCAAUUUGCUGGGAGUAAGUUGGCAAACGGUUACAAGAUGAUCUUUUUCUCCUUCAAGGCAGAUUUGAAAGCACGCAUGGAAUGCAACUUCUUCUUCAAGCGCUACUACAAAUGUAAGCAGUGCUGUGAUCGCUGCAACGCGGUCGCCCCGACCACCAAUCAACCUGACCCGUUGUCCUACAAGGACUUCUCCCCGCAAGCUGCUUACACCAGAACUUUGGUAACCCACGAGCAGUACAUGCGUUCAACCCCUCCAGCUUUGAUCUCACCGUGGGCCGCCGUGGGCGGUUGGCAGCUGGAAAGUGUUGGGUUUGAUUGGAUGCAUCUCGUUUACCUUGGAGUCGCAAAGGACCUAGUGCCAAGCGCUCUGAGGCUCCUGAACAUACUAGGAUAUGGAUAUGAACCAGGAGAGACUGAUGCGAAGUUUCUCCAACGAGCUACCAUGGAGAUGCGGGAAAGCUGUAAGAACAAAGGGUUUUUUCGUAGCAAUGCUAACUUCAGGGAUUUUGUCUUUUGCCCAGUAUUGUUUAUACAUGUUUAUACUUUCUGUUCAAUGACUAUUUUGUGCCUUAUGGGAUUUGCUCAGUGCGUCUCAGGAUUUAUGUGCCGCGGCGUAUCUUGA